AAUUUGGAAAAUGGCAUGGAAAUACCCAGCUUGAACAUCAUCCUCCUCACCUCCUGGACUCGGUCGAGGGCCCCUUGUAUUUCUCCACGGCAAUUGUGUCACAGUUCAAUCGCUCGUACCCUGACUCCAUUUGGGAUUUGGAAUGCACUCAGGGAAGUGGCUGCGCAUGGAGACUGGAAAUGGAAGAGGCAUUCAAGGUCAUCUCAGGCUCCCUUCAAAUUCUACGGCUACUGUGAAGAGAGUCGCAUUCCCACAGAGAACACGUCAGCCUGGAGGAAAAUUAUGACAAAAGGUCUCCCCGAAGAUCAACGAAAAAAGAUUUGCCUGAAAAUGAGCUGGAGUGGUUCUCCCCAGCCUGAUGUGCUUCUGGCAACCAGUGUGGGCUGCUCAGUGAUUGCUCCUUCAUUUCAGGUGGUAAUUUACCAAAUGCCACCUUUCUUCUGUAUUACACAGGCAUGGUCAAACAUAGUCACCACUCGAAAUGUUGAGAAGCUUCCUGUCCCCAUUAAACAGAGAGAGCAACCCUCGGUAGUUCAACAAUGAAGCCUCCAAUAGCUGAGAAGUCUAACUGUGAUUUAUGAUUCCUUACCUAUAAAGAU